UUUUGAUUUGUUUUCAGAGAACAGAGGCGAAUUCGAGAUCAUGGGCUGCACUCUUUUCUCUGCUUCUCGAUUUUUCUCUUGCCCAAUUAAAGAAGUGGAUGGUUCUUUGAGGAACUCAAGAAGCUCAUUUUAUGGUGGCGAUAUACUGUAUGAUAAAAGUCCUCUGAGAAGAAACAUAAAAGGCAGCGGCGGUGGCUUCUCUGUGGUUGCCUCAGUGAUUGGAAGGAGGGUCAAGGGCCGAGAGACCGUGAUUCCUGAUCCAGAUUACAGAAUUCCAGUAGUCCUACUUGGUGCGGCUGGCGGUUUAGCUUAUACUGAUAAUCUUCUGUCAGCUGUACCUGUUGGUCUCCUUGGACUCCUGCUACUAGUCCAGGCUACGCGAGUAAGAUUUGUCUUCGAUGACGAGGCAUUGGAGGUAAAAAUAGGAGAUCAGCUUGAGGACUCUGGCGAAAAUGCCUUUGUGGGUGGAAAGAAUCGUUGGAAAUAUUCAACUUUUGUGAAUUGGGAGUUAUGGUGGCCAAAUUUCCCCAUUCUGGUGUACUUUAAAGAGACUCAAACAAAGCCAGAAGGCCAAGUGCACUUCUUCCCAGUGAUAUUUAAUGGGAAGCAACUGUACGAUGUCAUGGUGGAAAGAGCUGGUCCUUCAAAAACUAGUGGACCAAAAACGUCAUGAAGAACAAACCUUUUUCCCGUCAAUCUUGUUCAGGGAAUGGAUGGACGAGUCCCCCGACGGAUUGAAGUCCUAGCCAACAUGCUUCUCUAUGCACUAUAUAAAUACAACUUGAGAUCCGAUUCUGAGGCUGAUUUUUGUCCUUGCCCUGAAAUGUGCUUGAUAUACAUUAACCAUAUAAGCAAAUGGAUCUUACCCAUACAUUAGUAAGAGAUACAUUUAUACUACUUGAUGCUGAAUAUUCAUUUGUAAUUGCAACAAAUUUAAUACAAGGAAAUAUUAAUGUUGGUAUGGUGCUAA